AUGCUACAAAACGGAAAAGCAAAAGUUAUAGUGAAGAGUAAAAGGGGAAGUAGGAAUUCGGAUGAAGCAUCCUGCAAAUGCUACUGCCAAGAUGGCAAACGAAUUAGCUAUCCAUACGGCUGGAUUAGUACUAUUACUACUACUACUGCUACUAAUAAUACCGCAUCUAUUGAACAUGAUGAUUUCAUCGAUGAGUCGUCGCAGUCGACUGCAGAAGGCCGUUGUUCAUCAACAGUAAAAUUAGGUCACACCGAACAAAUAUCCUAUCAGGCAGUACAUCCACUUGCAAUGAGACGUACCGAAAGUCAAACAUUGGAAAGGAAGCCAAGUGUUUCAACUCAAGUACUGAGUGCUCUUAUUGGAAAUUCAGGAGGUAGUACAUAUAGUCGAACAAUGGGUAAAGUUAUGCGAGUUCUUGUAGCCGGAUCGAAAAGGGUGGGAAAAACUGCAUGCUUAGAACAACUGGCUUGUCUCAGUGAUAUCACCGAUCAGCCUUAUGUACCUACGAUUGAAGACACAUAUCAAGUGCAGAUGGAUUAUGGAGAUCGGCCUAAAGAAAUUAUGGUUUUUCACGAUACGGCCGGAAUUAGUGAGAGUGGCCCAAUUGAUCUCAAGCGAUGCUACAUUCAGGUAGCGGACGCAUUUUUGUUAAUUUACUCGGUUGUUGACCACGAAACGUUCAAUAGAAUGGAUAUGUUGAAAAAAACGAUCGACAAACAGUUUGGUAAAGAUAAGAAGGAGGUGCCCAUAGUUGUUUUGGGAAAUAUGACUGAUCUUCCAGGCAGAAAAGUUGAUAGUGAAUUCGCGCGGAGUUGGGCUACUAAAGAAAAAGUAAAAUUAUAUGAAGUAACUGCAAAGAAUCGUAAUACAUUGGUUGAUUUAGUGAUCUAUUUAGGAAGCCGACACUUUCACUCACAGCGGGAAUCAAAAUUUUCUUUUUCUAAGAAGCUGAAAGCUGAAAAAUCUAACACUGCCAUAAUGAUGGAUUUAUGA